CACAUAAGACAACGCUUCUGGAGGAAGCCGGCAUUGUAGAGUGAGCGUUGCGGGAAGCGGUGUGUGUGGAGACGCCAUACUGUUUACGCCAUCCUGUGCCGUCCCACUCCCGCCUCCAGAUAUGGCCACCAAAGUUGAUAUGAGCUUGGACGACAUCAUCAAGACGCAGAAGAUCAAGCCGGGUACCCGGAGAGGCGGCGGCGUAGGUCGGGGAGUGCGGGGUCGCGGGCGGGGAGGUGUGAGGCGCGGCAUCACAGGAGGACAGACCCGGGGGCGGCCUGGCCAGCGCCCCAUGGCAGCCACACGGCAGCCAUUUGGACAAAGGGGCAAUGUAGAUGGAAGAUGGAGCCAUGACAUGUACCAAGGGGGUGGAAUCCGUACUCAGCAAUUGUCAGGUCCAGCUAAACUUCUCAUCUCUAACCUGGAUUUUGGUGUGUCUGACUCUGACAUUCAUGAGCUGUUUGCUGAAUUUGGAACAAUGAGGAAUGCAGCCGUUCACUAUGAUCGUUCAGGAAGAUCAUUGGGUACUGCACAUGUUGUAUUCGAGCGUCACGCAGAUGCUCUUAAAGCUCUCAAACAAUAUAAUGGUGUUCAUCUUGAUGGCCGACCAAUGAGCAUCACAAUGGAUGGGGGAUCACCUGCGGGGGGAUUGAGGAAUGCGGCACCACUCAAGAGAUUAUCACAAGGUCCAAGACCAAUUUCAAGUGGUUUUGGUAGUCGCGGUGGAGGCAGAGGUGUGCGUGGCAGCACUCGAGGGGUCAGAGGUAGCAGAGGAGGCACCCGUGGUGGUAGCGGCGGCCGUGGCAGAGGUUUUGGCGGGCGAGGGGCUAGGACCAAGGUGCCUACUGCUGAAGAAUUGGAUGCUGAGCUUGACGCCUAUGUCAACCAGGUCAACAAGUGAGGUGUGAUUGGACGUGACUGAGGGAAGAGCGUACGUACAAGAAAAUCGGACGACUAGUGCUGUUUCCUGUAACCCAUUUACAAGAGUUCAGAACCAUAUUUUCUUGAAUGUUGGCAUUAUUUAGUAGAAUUUUCCUACAUGACCGUUUAUUUUGUAACAAAUAUUUUUGAAGGAUCGCAGCACAUUAAUUUUAAGUUGGAGUGAAAGUACUGUAUGACAGUGGGUUUGGAUACAAGUAGGCUCCGGCCGUAACCAAUUAGGUUAAUGAAGUACAAUUGUCCAAUGCCAAAAGCAAAUCAAUUUUUUGUGAAUAAAACUUAGUAUUUAAA